CCCAAAUCUGGGAUUCCAUAUUUCUCUCCUCUGUUUUCUGCUCCAUCAAUUUCUUUCACAAUCCUCUCAAGAUGAAAAGGAAAGAACCCACUCAUUCAGAAGAUCCGAUCUACAAAGCGUCUUCCUCUUCAAACUCUCCACAUGUAGAUGAUUAUGAAGGCGGAAUCGAAAGGCCGAAGGGAAAUGAUUAUGAAGUGUUCUUGAGCUUCAGAGGGAAAGACACUCGCAAAGGCUUCACCGAUCAUCUCUAUAAUAGCCUUGCCGAUGCAGGAAUUCACGUGUUCAAAGACAACAAUGAGCUUCCUGUUGGUGAGGAGAUUGGUCCGGAGCUUCUCUGCGGUAUUACGCAGUCUAAGAUCUUAAUCCCAAUUAUUUCAAAGAACUACGCUUCAAGUAAAUGGUGCCUCCACGAGCUGGCUGAGAUGUUGAAGUGCAAGAGAAAUAAAGGGCAGAUAGUGUUGCCCAUAUUUUACAAAGUGGAACCCUCACAGGUGCGACAUCUGACAGGGAAAUGGAGAGAUGCUAUAGAUGCGCAUAAAAAGAAUAUGGACGAAAUGGUUGUGAAGGAAUGGGAAGAAGCACUCAAAGAAAUCAGCUUGUUGAAAGGAUGGCAAUCGGAGAAAAUUGAUAACGGACAUGAAGGAACAUUGGUUAAAAUUGUUGUUAGAAAAGUGUUGAGCGAGUUAAAAAGACUUUUCCAGCUAAGUGUUCCUAAACAAUUGGUGGGAAUUGAUGAUCAUGUGGAACAAAUUACGAGUUUGAUAAAUGCUAACUUCAAUGGUACACGGAUUAUCGGAAUUUAUGGAAUGGGCGGCAUCGGUAAGACAACUCUUGCAAAGGUGUUAUACAACGAGCUCUCUAGUCAUUUUGACUGUCGUAGAUUCGUGGCAAAUAUUCGAGAAACAUCUCAGCGCAAGGGUAUUGAAUGCGUACAAAAGCAACUCAUUUCUAACACAAGAGAAAAUUUUGAUGAUGUGUCUAAUGUUGAUGAGGGAAUCGGUAAAAUCAAAUCUCUAUUUACAAACAAGAAUGUCCUCAUUCUUCUCGAUGAUAUGGAUGACGAUACUCAUUUGAAUGCUUUGGUUGGAGACGGUACUUGGUUUACAGCAGGAAGUGCAAUCAUCAUCACAACUAGAAACAAGAGUAUUCUUGACAAGGUUGGGGCAAGCUUCCUGUAUGAACUCAAGGAGUUGCCUUUAGAACAAUCAUUGAUUUUAUUUAGUAGACAUGCAUUUCGAAAGGAUUAUCCUCCAAGUGAUUAUGAGGUUAUCUCUCGAAAUAUCACAUCUAUUACUGGGGGGCUUCCCUUAGCUCUUGAAGUUAUAGGUUCAUUCUUAUACGGAAAGAAAAAAGGAGCAUGGGAAGAUGCAUCAAAGAAAUUAAGGAAAGUGCCUAAUAAGAAAGUGCAAGAUACGUUGAAGAUAAGUUUCGAUGCAUUAGAUCUUGAGGACCAAUGGAUAUUUUUGGAUAUUGCAUGUUUUUUUAUUGGAUCAUCUCAACAAAGUCCGACUUAUAUGUGGGAUGCUUGUGAUUUUUUCCCUGGGACGGGGAUCGAAGUAUUGAGUCUUAUGUCCCUCAUUAAAAUUAACGAAGAUGGCAAGCUAAUGAUGCAUGAUCAACUGAGAGAUCUUGGAAGGGAAAUAGUUCGUCUAGAAAAUCCAAAGGAGCCUCAAGAGCGUAGCAGAUUGUGGAUUUAUAAGGAAGCCCUAGAUGUGCUUGACAACAACAAGUUGCAGGGCACUAGAAAGAUUGAGGCACUUUCUCUUGGCAAAUGUGGUAUAGGAAGAAGAUACAUAGCUGAACAAUUUCAAGAAAUGACCAAUUUGAGGUUCCUUCUAGCGGAUGGUGCGAAUUUCACCGGAGAUUUCCAAAGCUUACUUCCUAAAUUAAGAUGGCUUCAAUGGGCGGGUUGUCCCUCGGAUUUUACUGCGGCCAACUUUCAUCCGAAGAAAUUAGUUGUACUCAAUCUGUUUAACAGUGCAAUUUCGGAGGACUGGGGAGGAUGGGUUCCACUCAAGGCUGUGAUAGCAAUGGUGCAGCAGGCUAUGCAAUAUGUUGACCAGACAACUGAUCUUGAGACCAAGAUAGGGCUUAUUAAGACACUUAACUCUGUCGCUGCUGGGAAGAUAUAUGUCGAAAUUGAGAGAGCACGGUUGAUCAAGAAACUUGCAAAAAUAAAGGAAGAACAGGGUCUUAUAGCAGAAGCUACUGAUUUGAUGCAAGAAAUCGGGGUAGAAACUUUUGGAGCAAUGGCAAGGACGGAGAAAAUUGCCUUUAUUUUUCAACAAGUUCGUUUGUGCUUAGAUCGCCAGGAUUAUGUCUGUGCACAUAUCCUUUCCAGGAAGAUCAGCUCCCUGAGUGUUUGAUGCAGAUCCUUCCAAAGAAAAGAAAAGGCCUAAAGAAGGUGAAAACAUUGUCGAACUAGCGCCAGCUGAUUUUCCGUCACUUCUGGAGUUGAAAUGGAUAUACUAUGACCCGUGACACGGUAAAUUUGUGUUUUUCUUUUUCUAAUGUUGUGUCCACUAUCUUUUAACUAAUUUGUUUCUGCCGAUCAAGCGCCACCCGGUGUUCAGGUUGUGGUUCAAACCACGAACUUGUAUGGCUUUAUAUAUCUGGCACAUACUCUUCUUCCUUUCUAGCUUUAUCGCAAACUUUGACGUUCCAGAUGUACUGGUAGAUUUUAACUCACAUCUUAGUUUACCCCACAUUUUGUGUUUCAUGAUGUAGGCAUAGGUAAUACUCACAUAACAAUGAUUACCUUGAGAUUUGUUGAUACUAUAAGGCGAUAUAUGAGAUUCCAUCAGUGAAGUGCAACCCAGAGCAGUGGAUACCGAUGAAGUUCUUUCCUUGUUAAGUCUUCACCGAGCUUUUCAAGGUUCAGCUGUUCAUUCUGUGAUUUAAUUAAAUGCAGGUUCUAAGGAAAAUCUGCUGGUACUUAGUUCUAUAACCAUAUGAUCCUAUGUAGUCAAGCCUUCUUAAUGCCACUUUAGAGGAUGAACAUCUAUCAGAAAUUCCCCAAUUCAGGUUGCUGCUGAAACAAUUGGUCACAGUGGAGGUUAUCCAACGGACUUCUCUUUAAAGUACUGUCAAAGAAGAAUUUGAGAAUGAGAAAACAUGCUAGGAGAUGCACUGGUUGAGAAGGCAGCAGAAAAUCUUAGACAGGGCCUGAUCAUAGUCAAAAGAAGAAUUUUGGCUUCUCCUGGGCGAGACAAGCUACCUUUAGCUUGGAGCCUCUUCAGAGAAUCUUUGAACAUGAAGCUGAGAAGCAUCUCUCCUUAAUGGUUGUUUCCAAGUCCCUGGUGGCAAAGAUAGACUGACCAAUGGGAAUUGUCGGUUUCCAAAUGACGAAGGACCGCAAUGAGAUUUUGAACUCAGGGGCGACAAAUUUGGAAAAGCUGCUUGACCUUGUCGAGAAAAGUUGCCACCAAAUCCCCAAGGAAACCACAGUUCAUAAAGCUGCUUUGAGAGCUUGAAGAUGUUUUUAGUUGAAUGAAUGAUCUCUCUCCCCUUGAGCCUCCCUCUUUCUCUCUCUCACCGAAGAAUGCUGUUUCACAUUGUGGUCUGAAGUGGGGACUGGAGAUAUUCACCAUAGAACUCUCGUGUAGCUGUCUUGAAUUUGAUUGCAUAUUUUGCAGGUGGAACAGAUCCGGGCCUUGUUUCGGACUGAAAUGAUUUACUGAAUACACUUUCUAUAUAGGAACGUAGUUUGGUCUUUUCAGCUUUCUUCUUUCCUCUUUACCCCCUCCUUUUAAUUGAAGAUUUGUGGGCUUUAAGGGUCCAGAACUUGUACCAAUGGGAAACGUAUCAGCACAUGCACUCAUUUGGAUUGAAAUAAGCGCCUUGUUACAGAA